AUGUCCAUAUACAUGCAAUUUUCAAAUGGUGUAGAAGAGACCUUCCUUAGAGCCCUCAAGCUACUAUUGUGGGCUCAUUUUCCCUAUAUUCUUUUCGGGCUGAUGUUGGAGAGUAACAACCAAGCUAAGAUGGAGAAUCUUGUGUUAAGCACUAGAAGUGGUGUUAAUGGUUUCACCCUUGAUCCAUCUCUUGGGGAAAUCAUUAUAACUCACCUUGACAUCAAAAUUCCAAAGAAAGGAAAGAUUUAUUCAAUGAAUGAAGGAAAUGCUAAAAAUUGGGACGACCUACUACCAAGACGACCUACUACCAAGUAUAUGGAGAACUGCAAGUAUCCAAAAGAUGGUUCAUCACCAAAGUCCCUAAGAUAUAUUGGAAGCAUGGUAGCUAAUGUUCACUGCACAUUGCUUUAUGGAGGUAUUUUUUUGUACCCAGUUGAUAAAAAGAGUCCAAAAGGAAAACUUCGUGUACUCUAUGGAGUCUUCCCAAUGUCGUUCUUGAUGGAACAAGCAGGAGGACAUGCUUUCACUGGCAACCAAAGGAUGUUAGAUUGUAGUGAAGCAGAGCAGAGCAAAGCGGCAAUAUUUGUUUUUGGCUUGGACUUGUUGGGUUAUGACAUGGAUUGGGAUACGAGCGGUGAAGCCCCUGCAAUACAAUAUAGGGAUGACAUUUAG